ACUUCAUUCAAUCUUCUACUAUCCACUACUCUCAACUCCCCCCCGGCUUCUUUAGUUACCUAUUAACCCAUCUCCUUGUUUUUGUUUUUGUCAAAUCUCAUUACCUUGUAAUUCUUCCUCGAAGAAAACGGGUUCAGGCUAUGGGGUUUCUCCUGCUCUUCCUGCUCUUAACGCUUUCUUCGGUUUAUGCUGAUGAAGCCAAACAAACAGAUGCUGCUGCAGCAGCUUUCAUUGGAGUGAACAUAGGUGGAACAGACAUGUCAGACAUGCCACACCCAACACAAGUAGUUGCACUUCUGAAAGCCCAACAAAUCCACCACGUCCGCCUAAACAACGCGGACCGGGGCAUGCUUGUGGCCCUGGCCAAUUCUGGCAUCAGAGUUGCGGUCUCCAUCCCGAACGAUCAGCUCAUAGGCAUUGGUGAGUCGAACUCGACCGCUGCAAACUGGGUUUCACAGAACGUGGUGUCGCACUACCCAGCCACCAACAUCACAACAGUUUGUGUUGGUUCAGAGGUGCCCUGGAACAUGGGCCGUGUCCUAGUCAGCGCCCUUAGGUAUAUCCAUUCCGCCCUGGUAGCAUCCGGACUUGACAAGCAAGUGAAAGUGUCGACCCCUCUCGCGUCUUCCGUCAUCCUCGACUCGUUCCCACCGUCCCAAGCCUUCUUCAACCACUCGUGGAAACCUGUUCUGGUUCCCAUGCUACAGUUCUUGCAAUCCACGGGCUCCUCCUUCAUGCUCAACGUCUACCCGUAUUAUGAGUACAUGCAGUCAAAUGGAGUUAUCCCUCUGGACUAUGCUCUUUUUAACCCUCUCUCUGCUGCCAAAGAAGCUGUUGACUCUAACACCCUCCUCCACUAUACCAAUGUGUUUGAUGCUAUGGUGGACGCCGCUUACUUUGCAAUGGCUGACCUCAACUUCACGAAUAUCCCUGUGGUGGUGUCUGAGUCGGGAUGGCCCUCGAAAGGUGACCGCAAUGAGCCUGAUGCCACUAUGGACAACGCCAACACUUACAACAGCAAUUUGAUCAAGCACAUUAUCAACCAAACAGGAACCCCAAAAUACCCCGGCAUCCCUGUCAGCACAUACAUCUAUGAACUCUACAAUGAGGACACAAAGCCGGGCCCAGUCUCAGAAAAGAACUGGGGAUUGUUUGACUCAAACGGAAGGCCAGUGUAUAUCUUGCGAUUGACCGGGUCCGGAUCCGUUCUGGCAAAUGAUACUACAAAGGAGACUUAUUGUGUUGCGAAAGAAGGGGCAGAUCCUAGGAUGCUUCAGGCAGCUCUGGACUGGGCUUGUGGGCCAGGGAAGGUGGUAUGUUCACCGCUGAUGCAAGGUGCGCCCUGUUAUGAACCAGAUAAUGUGAUGGCUCAUGCAACAUAUGCUUUUGAUGCUUAUUAUCAGAGUAAAGGAAAGGUUCCUGGAAGUUGUGACUUCAAUGGGGUGGCCACUGUCACCACAACAAAUCCAAGUCAUGCUUCGUGUCUAUUUGGAAGGUAAUUUCUUUUUCCCUAAACACACGUGCUAUGGUGGCAGAGCCAACCACACUUGACAGAUGGGCAAUGUGGAGGGGGAAAAUUCAUUCACAUAAGUUUUGCAUGCUAGGUAUUUGGGGAACAUGUAGGUAUUAUGAUAAAUAAUAAAGAGAUAGCUAGAUCUGACCUGUGCAGCUGCUGGCUCCCCAAGAUCUACCAGGACCAGCGAAGUUGGGGACUUACUUGGCCACAACCCGUCCUAGUUCAGUAGUUCCGUCAAAAAAGAUUGUUUCUUUAUACAUAAAGAAGAACACACACACACACACAUUAAGUUGAAAUUUCUUUUCCAAUCACAGCAAAUCUGAAACUAGGAGAACUCCGUAUAUGGUAUGCAUCAUGUGUGCUCUGCUAAAAAUUAUCACAUUGCUACAAUACUUUUUCAUGAUGAAGAUGUUCUGUCUAUAUGCAGAGGUAUAAAAAACGACACAUAUCUGAACAGUACAUCUCCUACCGUGGAUUCAAAUUUAACAUCGGGCUCCUACUACUUGAACUACAAAUCCUUCUUUGCAGCACAUAUCAUGCUUGGGAUCUUAGGAUGGGGCUCAACUAUCUUGUAGUAGCGCUGUUUAAAUCCGGCUGGUCUUUUUUCCUUGCUUGGUAGUUAGUUAGCUAGUUAGAAUGUAUGGAGCUUAUGAUGAUAGAUCUAUGGAUGUGCAAUUUUUUGUGGUCAUUUUUCUGUGCAGAACAAAUUAUCUUGCUUCUCACUCCGUAAUUAGGUGGUGGAAUGUAUUGCAGCAGACCCCCUCCCCCCCACACACACACACAAAGAAAGAAGAAAAGCACAAGGCAUAACCGCUUUGGGGGUUUCAACCUGCUUGUAGUAGUAUUCUUGAUUAGUUCUGAUCAUAUUGUUCUUGAGCUCCAAUUUUCCUCAACGUUUUAAAGAAAACAAGAGUAAAGAAAGUCCAGGCA